UCAGAGUCUUUCAGUUUCUGUCACAACACAAAAGCAGUCUUCUUCUUGCACUGUAAACUCUCACAAAGUUCUCAUUUUUCCUUAAAGAAGAAGAAAAAAAGGGUCCUCCACAUCUACAGCCAUGCCGAGUGAAGGAACAGCAAACUUCAUAGACAUCCUCAUAGCCAUCCUCUUGCCUCCUCUUGGCGUCUUCCUCAAGUUUGGCUGCCACGUUGAAUUCUGGAUCUGUCUGUUGCUGACUAUUUUUGGUUACAUCCCUGGGAUUAUCUAUGCUGUCUAUGCCAUAACUAAAUGAGACUUCAAUUUCUGUACGUAGAGAUGUGAAGGGCACAUAUGUCUUUUGGUUUCUGAAUUAUGGGAUUGGUUUCAACCGUUUGAUGGAUAGCGCUUUAUCUGGUGUAUCCAGAUGGACGGUUGAUACUUCAUGUAGUGUUGUUUUGUCAAUUGUUCAUUUAUUUUUCUUUUCUUCCUUUUGAUUUUAUCCUCCUUCCACCUCCUUAUCAAUCUGUUGUAAAGGGUGGAUGGUAGGUCUGGUGAUUCAUGUCUCUUAAAACAUUAGUUAUUUAUUUUUCAAUGUGACUUGUGUUCUAAUCCCACCCUAUUGGGUUUGGAGGUAUCAGUGGCUUUUUGACUG